GAGAAAAGGAAAACAGAGUAUGACCCACUCAUGGCAAUGAGUUGGGUUAUUUUGAAAAACACUUAUGUUUGACAAAAAUGGCCAAAGAAACAACAACUUCACCUUCAACUUCUUCUCUUUCUUUUUCAUUUCUCUCCCUCUCUAUAUUUCUUCUUCUUUUUUAACUCUUUUUCUUAGCUUCAAUGGACAAACAGCAGCAGUUGUCAUUAGCUAAGUCUUCCAGGCUCAGAUGCAAUGAAUGGAUUUUCAGGGAUGUCCCAAGUGAUAUCACCAUAGAAGUCAGUGGAGGCACUUUUGCAUUACAUAAGUUCCCUUUAGUCUCUCGCAGCGGACGAAUCCGAAGAUUGGUGGCAGAACACAGAGACACUGAUAUCUCAAAGGUGGAACUUCUUAAUCUGCCAGGAGGACCAGAGGCAUUUGAGCUUGCUGCUAAAUUUUGCUACGGCAUUAACUUUGAAAUUACAUCAGAAAAUGUAGCUCAGCUCUGUUGCAUUUCAGACUACCUAGAACUGACCGAAGAGUUUUCGAAAGAUAAUCUCGCUUCUCGGUCUGAAGAAUAUCUAGACAGUAUAGUCUGUAAGAAUCUUGAAAUGUGUGUUCAGGUUUUGCAGCAAUGCGAAAAUCUACUUCCUCUUGCUGAUGAGCUCAAGAUUGUCACCCGAUGCAUUGAUGCAAUAGCUUCCAAGGCUUGCGUGGAGCAAAUUGCGUCGAGCUUUUCGCGUUUGGAGUAUAGUAGCUCGGGUAGGCUUCACAUGAACAAGCAAGCGAAAUGUGAGGGAUCGGAUUGGUGGAUUCAAGACUUGUCGAUUCUUCGGAUUGAUCUGUAUCAAAGAGUUAUGACCGCCAUGAAAUGUCGCGGGGUACGACCUGAGAGCAUUGGAGCUUCUCUUGUCAGCUAUGCUCAGAAGGAAUUGACAAAGAAGUCGAGUUUGUGGAAUCCAUCUAACGGAACGAAGAUUGAUUUGAUUUCAACCGAGCAUGAAAGGCUUGUCGUUGAGACAAUUGUUACUCUUUUGCCUGUCGAAAAACUUGCUGUUCCGAUCAGUUUCUUGUUCGGUCUGUUACGGAGUGCAGUGAUGCUUGAUUGUACAAUUGCUUGUAGACUUGAUCUAGAGAGGCGAAUUGGUUCGCAGUUAGACAUUGCAACAAUUGAUGAUCUUUUGAUUCCAUCUUUUAGGCAUGCAGGUGAUACUUUAUUUGAUGUUGACACAGUUCAUAGGAUCUUGGUAAAUUUUUCGCAGCAAGAUGAUAGUGACGAUGAGAUGGAUGAUGGUUCUGUUUUCGAAUCCGAUAGUCCUCAUUCGCCGUCUCAGACUUCAUUGUUUAAGGUGUCGAAUUUAGUGGAUAAUUACCUUGCUGAAAUCGCUCCUGAUGCUAACCUCAAGCUUUCCAAGUUCAUGGUCAUUGCAGAGACUUUACCAGCACAUGCUCGUACUAUACAUGAUGGAUUAUAUCGAGCCAUCGACAUUUACCUAAAGGCUCAUCAGGGUUUAUCAGAUUCUGACAGGAAGAGAAUAUGCAAGCAGAUUGAUUUCCAGAAGCUCUCACAAGAAGCUGGGGCACAUGCUGCACAAAACGAACGUCUUCCUCUCCAAGCUAUCGUUCAAGUUCUCUAUUUUGAACAAAUUAGACUCCGAACUGCGUUAUGCUGCUCUUAUGGCGACGAAGACCCUAAACCAACGCAUCAGUCAUGGCGAAUCAGCAGCGGUGCACUCAGCGCAGCAAUGUCUCCACGAGACAACUAUGCAUCACUAAGGCGAGAAAACAGAGAAUUGAAACUUGAGUUAGCUCGGUUACGAAUGAGAUUAAAUGAUCUAGAGAAAGAACAUGUGUGUAUGAAGAGAGAUAUGCAAAAGUCCCAUUCUCGAAAAUUCAUGAGUUCUUUCUCAAAAACAAUUGGUAAACUGAGCUUUUUUGGGCAUACUUCUUCAAGAGGAUCGAGUUCCCCCUCGAAGAAUUCUCAUAGAACAGAUUCUAAAGUGAUUGAAAGAACAUGUGCCAGCACUGAUUAGACAUUUUUUGUUUCUGAAUUUGUUAAGUAACCGCGAGCCAUACUUUUAUUGACCUUCGGUUUGGCCAGCUUGUACAUGAUUUAUGAUGCUUGGUUAGCAAUAGCAGGAAUUCUUGUUUGCCAGUCAUGGAUUUUGGAGAGUAUAAACUACAAACUUUGAUAUCUACUGAAAUCAUUUGUGUAA